AGGAGGUUUGGUUAAACUCUGAUCAGUUUCCACCAACCUUCCCCAAAGGCUCAUGGGAGGCUUUUUGGUGGGCACUUAUCUCCAUGACAACAGUCGGGUAUGGGGAUCUGACACCAAGAGGAUAUACUGGCCGUUGUAUCAGCAUGGCAUGGAUACUUACUGGCUUGGUAAUGGUGUCUUUAUUCAACAGUAUUGUGACCUUCUCUUUAACUGCAUCUGUUAUUGACCAGAGUAUAAUGCUGUAUGGAACCAGGGUUGGUGCUCUGGCCAACAGUACAGAGUUCAGAGCUGGUAUUCUAAAAAAUGCUCAGAUAGUCCCAUACCCUACUCUAGAAGACCUAACAAGAGCUCUUGACCUUGGACACAUUAAGGGUUUGCUACUGGAUGGAUACGUAGCCAACAUGGUCAUACCAGUCCAGGAAUAUGAAGUCAAUAGAAUCCUUGAUAAGACUCUUACGUACGGCGUGGUGCUGGCUGGAGAGGCUGUUACUUUAAAACAGCCAAUCAAGGACUACAUGGUUCAACAUCAGGCAAAGAUUACCCGUAUAAUCGAGACAUCAGUCAAGCCUCUAACUAAUGACUCCAUCUCAAAAACCAACAACAACAAUGAACCAGAUAUUUUUGCCGUUGAUGAGAAAUUUCUCAGAAAAACAAUGAUAUAUUUUGGCCCAAGUCUAAUCGUGAUGGUCGCUUGUGGCUUAGUAUACAAUAUCUAUUACAAGAAAGAACUAUACAAAGGCAUUCAAGAUAUUGCUAAUGCAGACAUGCUGAACUUUGAGAAAAAGAAAAACGCAUUACGUCUUAUGGUAGAGGAUUUCUACCAAGGAACAAAGAAAACUGUACAAGAUCUGAAGGCAAAACAUGUAAAAGAACUAAAAACACUAUCAAUGGUGCGCAAAAAAUAUUAAAAGCAGCAAUAAAUGAGGUAGAAAUAGUAGGUAGUAGUAGAAGUAGUAAUAGCAGCAGUAAAAGCAAUAGUUGUUGUAGCAGCAGCAGUAGUAGCAGUAUCACCUAGAGUGAUGUUGCUUGGCCUGCUUUGAAUUAUCACUAAUUCAAUAUGCAACUUUGUUUGUUGGGCUCCCGGGGUUGGGCCUUGUAAAAUUCCUCUAUGUAGCGUUAGGGUAAUAUAGUAGUAGCAGCAGUAUCACCUAGAUUGAUGUUGCUUGGCCUACUUUGAAUAUCACUAAUUUAAUAUGCAACUUUGUUUGUUGGGCCCCCGGGGUUGGGCCUUGUAAGAUUUCUCUAUGUAGCGUUAGGGUAAUAUAGUAGUAGUAGCAGUACCAAAAACGUAUUUGAAAAACGAUUGCGACCGUUUCAUCAGUUAUUCUUAGCACCCAUUCAGUUUUAUAGAACCAAUUUAAGUGAUGCUUAAAGAAUGAGUGGCCGUGUUAUAUGUGUGUGCAAGCCAAAGGCUUACGAACAAGCCUAUGUGUGAUAAAGUAAUAAUUGACAAACUAUAAGUCAAUGAAAUUUAAAAUUUAAACUGGGCCUAGGUAUGUAACACUAUUUCUAAAAGUAAAGCAAAAGAA